CCGCGAGAUGCACAUGGCGCGAUGGCUGUUCUCAGGGUUGCAUCGCAAGUUGUCACCGAUUGGGUUUUACUCCUCGAUGACACUGCUCUCUCUACCAUAAGCGUGGAAAUUCGAGCUGUACUUCUCAAUCCACCCCAUUCUUCUAUCCCGGUAGGACCUAGAGGCUUUCGCACAUCAUGCGUUGCUCCUUCCCGAGUGCCUGAGAAGGCUUCGUACUUAGUGCCACCUUUUGUGAUGCCGAGGACUCUAGCAUACUCCACCAGCCGCGCUUCCGAUUCUCACUUUUGGCGCGACUUUGGAACUCACAUCGCAUUUAUAACUAAUCGCGAACACGGCGGAGUUGUGCUACCAUUUUCUCCAGGGAAAGAUCCCGCUUGGUGUAGACCCCCAAAAGGUUUUGGCGCCUUGGAUAGUCUCGUAAAUAUCCCUCAUCUCCCCAGUAACAGUAGCGUUGAUUCAACUCCUCGUUGCUCUGUUGUUGAGGAUCGUCAGCUUCAGCCGGUGUUCAUCAUCCUAUUUCCAACCUUGAGCGAUCUGCAGACAUUUGCGUCGGUUCCUUGCCAGCUUCAAAGAAAGGGAUUUCUGGUAUAUGCCGCGGUGUAUUCUCUGGUCGUCACAUCACCUUCCUCAAAACAGUCGUUCAGUCAUGGAUCGUGCGUCAUCCAAUAUAGCAUUCUGUCUGAACCCCAGGACUACUCCUUACAGGUCUAUCGCAUCUUCGGCCGUCCCCCAGAUAUUGUAUUAUCUCUGAAUGAACUUGAACUUGCGACCACCUCUGCUACCAGAGUGCGUUUACCUCGGCGGGACCUACCCUAUUGUGUAUGGAUGGGGGCACUUUCGUUUUCUGAAUGGCGAAAUUGGAACAUUCCACAAGUCGAUGUUAGUGUCAUCACUAAGGAUAGACCACAUUCCUUGGCUCGAUUAUUGAGUUCGUUCGCCAGCGGGAGAUUCUACGGUGACCGACUGGAUCUGAGAAUCAAUUUGGAACAAUCGUCCGAUGAUGCUACUGUGCAUCUGGCUCGCAAUUUCCAAUGGAUUCACGGUAGCGUCUUCAUGCACCAUCGGGUCAUUCAUGGAGGACUGCUGCCUGCUGUGGUUGAAUCUUGGUAUCCAAAUUCGAAUCACAGCUACGGUCUUUUGCUUGAGGAUGAUGUAGAACUAUCACCCUUGUUCUAUGCAUGGAUCAAAAUGACCAUCCUUCGCUACCGCUACGGCGAGGAAUGUAAUGUGUCACCACAACUUUUCGGUGUCAGCCUUUAUCAACAAAAGCAUAUCGAACUUCAUUCCGACGGACGGAGAAAAUUUGAUGCACGGGCUCUCUUCAAGAGCUUGGAAUUGCCGGUGUCAUCACCAUACCUUUCACAAAUCCCUUGCAGCUGGGGCGCGGUAUACUUCCCGGAACACUGGCGCGAAUUCCACGAUUAUCUGUCGGUCCGGUUUUCCGAACUAUCUCUCAAAAUCGACGCUACCAUCGUUCCCGAGGUACGCUCUAACCAAUGGAGAAAAUCGUGGAAGAAAUACUUUAUCGAGCUGGUAUAUCUUCGCGGCUACGUUAUGCUUUAUCCCAACUUUGCUGAUUUCGUCUCGCUAUCUACGAACCACCUUGAAGUUGGCUCCCAUGUGAAGGACCGCUCGAAAGAGAAGCGAGACUUGUUUCUCCUCCCGCUGAUGCAGUUGACGGACGGUACUGAACCUUCUGUCUUGUUGGACUUGCCAGGGAAGACGUUACCGGAAUGGCGCUCACUUCCUGUUUUGAAUCUCACAGGAUCGAUAACCUCACUUGAAUCUGUGGUCGCGGUGGGGCGCGCAGCUCGAUCUGAAAUGUUUACGGAAUGCGCAGAGGAGUCGUCUCUUUACAGGGCUCAGCAGCUUAUGUGUGUAGAGUUGUAGAAAUGACAUUCUCUCAGGACACCAAAUAAGGAAAUUUUCACGCACGUGGAAGCCAAUGUGAUCAAUUUUGCAACAUGCUCUUUGCUAACUUCAAUCAGGAUUUCUCAUGCGUGUCGGUCGGCACUCGGAG